CGCAUUCACACUAAAAUAAAGGAAGACUUCAUUCACUCUUGUGUGUUUCAGGACGCUGAAAUUAGUUGGGGCAAGCAGACUCCAAACCAACAAACAUGGCCGAAAGCUCUUCCGCUCUGCCUCCACCUCCACCCCCACCCAAACCAGUUGUCGUUAGGGUCAAACGAAAACCCUUUCAAUCUCCACUUGAUGCUUUCUGGUUGGAAAUCAAUGAGAGGCCAUUGAAGCGUCCUCUCUUGGAUUUUGGAAAUCUUUCAAUCUCCGAUUCUUCUCAAAACGUGGAACUUCAUAACAAGAAAGUUUUGGUGCAACAUGUGGAGACGCUAAGCAGCGCUGAGGUCACUUUAGAUCUUGUGCAAUCAUUUGUGGAACCUGGUUCCACAAGUGCCUCUGAAUCUAAGUCAAAAAUUGAGGAAAGGAAGAACUUCUUCAAAAAAUUUAAUAAGCAAGAUCAGCUCUUGUUUAAAGCUAAACAAGAAAAAGAGUCUUCAGCUAAAGAUGCUCGCUUUGAGCAAAUAUGGAAGAGCAGGAAAGGUAACAAGGGGACAGAAGGUGAAAAUGCAUUACAAGAAAUAUGCCAGUUCUAUGACAUUGUUCGCGUUGACAAUGAAGAAAACACUAGGGAGGUGCAACAGGAAGAUAUCUCCUUGGAGGAUAAAAAACUUUUGUGUAGUUUCCUCCCUUUACUAAAAGAGGUUAUUCCCGAUGCUGCUGCAGAUAUUGAAGCUGAUAUAAGUGCUCAUUCCAAACAAGAGGACUAUGUUUAUGACCUCUACACUGUGACGGAUGAGAUGAUCGUCGAAGAAGAAUCUACAUAUUCUUAUCCAUUAGUUCAAGUUGAUGAGGAAGAUUUUUAUGAUGGGCCUGACAAUUCGGAUUAUGAAACUGAUGACUCAAAUGCUGAAGACAAUCCAGCUAAUGAUUAUCCAGACGAGAUUUCGGAAGAAGAUGAAGAUUCUGAGUCUGAAUCAGAAGAAAGCAAGCAUGGCCGCUCUAGUAAUGAAUUGUCAGACGAUGACGAGGAUGUGGAUGAUGAACAUAAUCGUUUUGCUAAAGAUGGUACAUCUGAUCCAUUUUUUGAUGAGGAUUUUGAUGAUUAUGAAGGCCAAGGUGUAAGCAACGAUGAGGAUGAGGAUGAUGAAAAUUCAAGGUGGUCUUACCGAUAAAGCCAUCAGAGUAUACAUAAAUUCCUGCAUGAAAAUGUCGGCUUUUAACUGUUUUUUUGUUUGUUUGUAUUCAGUUGUGGAUGUUUAGCAUUGCUAGUUUGUUGACUUGACUAUGUCUAUAUGUGUUGUACAUUUGAGGACUAGACUCAAUUCUUAUACCCCCAUUUCCAUUCACAAAAAUAGCCUGUUACGAAGGUUGGUAGUUUGUCCAA